AUGAACUCACCCCAUGUACAUUGAGGUGUUGCUGGAUUAAAAAGCACUCCUUUAUAAGAAAGUUUUAAUUACAAAAAACUGCCGUAUUGUCAUAUUCUUUGCUAAAAUUUUCUAAAAUUAAAAAGUUCCAACAUGCAAGGCCCUCCGGUGUUUAUGGACUUGGCCCUCGAAGACCAGGUUCAAGAAUUGCGUGUAUAUUUGAAAGAAUUGGGUGCUGAAAUCACAGAAGAAAAAUCACCGAAAGGUAUUGAAGAUGAUCUCCAUAAAAUUAUUGGAGUGUGUGAUGCGUGUUUCAAAGAAGGUUCCGAACAAGAAGUCGAAAAAGUUUUAAAUGAUAUUGUUUCCAUUAUGGUUGUUAUUCCAUUAGAACGCGCAGAAAAUAUAAUUCUUGCAUUUUGUGAGAAAUUAACAAAAGCUCCAGGUACCAGAUUGGGAAUGGUUACCCUAAGAGCAUUAUGGCUGUUAUACCAAUCAUUAGAUGAUAAAUCGCCAAUGCGGUAUCAUGUGUAUUAUCAUUUGGUUCAAGUGGCGAAACAAACCGAUCAAGUUCGAGCUGUAUUCAAGGAUGUAGAUAAUUUAAAACAACAAUUUGCUACAUGUCCUCCAUCAAUUGAACAAAUGCAAAAAUUAUAUCGAUUAUUGCAUGAGGUGCUUUUAGCUAGCGGACAAAGUGAACAAGCUGCAAAAGUAAUGUACGAAUUAUUAGGUACAUACACUGCUGAGAAUGCAUCACAUGCUCGUGAAGACGCUAUUAGAUGUAUUGCAUCUGCUCUAGCUGAUCCUCAAACAUUUUUGCUGGACCCUUUGCUCUCAUUGAAACCUGUACGAUUUUUAGAAGGUGAACUCAUUCACGAUUUGUUAUCAGUAUUCGUAUCGGAAAAACUUCCAGCAUACAUUUCUUUCUAUGAAAAACAUAAGGUGUUUGUGACAUCACAAGGUUUGAAUCAUGAACAAAACUUAAAGAAAAUGCGCUUAUUAACAUUCAUGCAAUUGGCUGAAACACAAUCUGAAAUGAGUUUUGAUUUGAUACAAGAAGAAUUACAAAUUACUGAGAAUGAAGUGGAAGCAUUCAUUAUCGAUGUAUUAAAAACAAAAUUAGUGCGUGCACGUAUGGAUCAAGCAGCACGUAAAGUAUUCAUUUCAAGCACAAUGCAUCGUACAUUUGGGCGUGCGCAAUGGCAGCAAUUACGUGAUUUGUUAUAUUUAUGGAAACAAAAUUUAUCUGGUAUACAAACUGGUAUGAAAAAAGUAUCAAAAGCUCAACUGGAAUUAAUCAAACAUUAAAUUUUGUAAUUAUUUUAUAAAUA